CUGUGGCUCUAGGACCUUGUUUGCGGAGGACCAAAACCUCUGGUCAUACACACUUGAACUGCCAAUCUGCUCCUUCCACUCAUAAAAGCAAUCGCAAUCAAAGGAUAGCAGGACCACUAGACAGUUUUUACCGUUUCUUCUGCAUACCUGCUAUUCAUGGAUGAGAACCACGUCCACCAUCCGCUCCUCCCCUUGGCAAGCCAUGCAGCAAGGCCAGCAACCACUUACACCGCUACUGACAUGGUCACUUCGACAUCAAGCGACGGCACUAAGAUCAAAUCAUCCAACUACGCUAUAUUAAUCCGUUUCCUUGUGAUCCUCUUAAUCGGGGUCAUCUCCGUAUGGGCGAACCAUGAGGCGUCAAAAGGGUUCGUGAUCAUGGCUGUCAACAACAUGAAGAACACACCAGCCGGAGAGAAAUUCACUCUCUUCUACAUCUCCAAUGAUGAAGCCAUCCGGUUAGUUCAAAGAAGUUCUCUUUUUGCUGCCCAAGUACUUUUUCCUGGUGAUCAUAGCAUACCUGAGAAGCUCAUUAUUGAAGUUGAAAUCCAGCUAGUGAGCCAUAAUGUAACCAAUGAUCAUAUGGUUGCCUUGAAGUAUUUUGGACAAAAGAACAAGUAUGUACUAUCUAUAAACCCUCUUGUCAUGGAAUUUGAUGAUUUUAGAUAUAGGAUUAGGAAGGUAAUCCAAAGAGGCAUGGCAGAAAUAUUGCUGUUUAAUCAGCAAAACAGAGUUCCAAAGACCUUGGUAGAUGGAAUGGUUGAAUAUAUAAGCGACUUGGCGGGAUUUGGUGGUCAGACGCUGGUGUUGAACGCGAGAAAUUUCAGCUGGAAGUGUUGGGAGGAUCAAGACCCAAGACUGGUGGCUAGGUUUCUGGCUUAUGGUGAGAAGAAAAGUGAAGGAUUUGUUGGAAAAUUGAACCAAGAAAUGAAUAAAGAUGGUUGGUCUGAGAGAAUGAUGGAUAAAGUACUUGGAAUGCCAGCCAUAUUUUUGUGUGUAUCAUUACAAGAUUCCAUGAUUAAUAACGAGCCAGUGAGGAUAUGAUCUGUUAAUUCAAGGUCUUUCUAAAAGUUCCUUAUAGCAUGAUCAAUGAAUGAUCCUAUUUGGGAUCAUUAUUUACUUUA